AUGAUGUACUCAAACGAUUAUUGGCGUAACUUUGUUGAUGAUCCAUCGAAUCUGUUCAUGUUUGUUUUCUUCCAGGAACCCCAUGGUUUCUAUCCACUUAGCGAUCGCGACGUCAUGCAAUCUCUCCAACACUCCAGCCACCGCUACCACCCCACCACAUCACUUCGGCCCCGCAGCAAACAGAACAGAACAGCAGCCCGACCGACGACCAUAUCACCUACUUAUUCGAUGGGAGAAUAUCGUCAGGGCCAGGCAAUCCGAUACAACAAAAUGCGCUCCGUUCUCGUAAUCCAGCCAAAUUCAACUCAGUCCAUGACAGACGGGUUGAAGCCCCUGACUGCACACGAGUACUUCACUGCGCCGUCAGGCCCCAAGAGCAUCAACAACGAGGAUGAUGCCGUUGAGAGUGUGAAGCACUGUUUGCCUGCGCUACAAAAGGUGCUCGAUCAGCACGACGGGUUCCUUGUCGCAUGCUACUCUAAGCACCCUCUAGUGCCGCAACUCAAGAGCGAGUCGGCGGUCAAAUCCUCACGCAAACCCGUUACUGGUAUUUUCGAAGCCAGCGUCGGCUACAGCCUGCAGGUCAUCCAUCCCGAUGAGAAGUUCGGCAUCGUAAGCACGGGCAAGGUCUGGGAGCAGAUACUCUCCGAAGCCGUAGAAGACUUUCUAGGCACAGGAUCGGAGGCCAGCAAGCGGUUCGCAGGGGUGGAAACCACCGGGUUGAACGCCACCGACCUGCACGACGCACCGGCCGAGGAAGUGCGAAGACGCAUGAAAUCUGCCGUGAAAAGGCUGCUCAGCAAGGGCAAGGUAGGCGCCAUCUGCCUCGGGUGCGCAGGCAUGGCCGGCAUGGACACAAUGGUGCGAGAAGCGUGCGUGGAGGAGCUGGGUCCCGAUGAUGGCAACAGAGUCAGAAUCGUGGAUGGCGUUGUCGCUGGAGUGGCAUGGCUGGAGGGUGCUGUCCGCUCUGGCUUCUAA